GGCGGUCGUGUGUAGUGUAGUGGUCACAGGGUUUGUAUACAAGAUCCCCAAUAUGCAAAACACCCUCACUCUUGCCAAGAAAUCGGGUUGUUGAAAUCGCUUACAUUAACAGGGGUUCCUACUGCAUUGCGCCGUGGCCUGUCUGCUUGUCUACCUCUACGCUAUAGUCAAGGGUGAAGACGAAAACCUAGCUGGACUAUCACGAUACCUACACGCAUGAUGUUGUCUCCUCCGGAGAUCUUCAGAUUAUCAGAUCCGCGAGCCGCCCUCUAGACUUAGCCUCCCAUGCCGCCACAGCCAUACCUCCUGCAUCAUUGAACCAAUGGUAGGGAUGGAUGAGGACUGGGUUACACAACAAUUCGUCGCUCGGGAAGGUUUUCUUGCCAAUGAGUGAAGUGCUUGUCUGGAAGACUUGGAAUAGCUGCCAUUCGUUAACGCCAGCUUCGUGGUAUCUCUGACAGACACGGUUUCAUCACGAUAAUAUCGAUUUCUCUGUCAACCUCAUCACGGAUACUGAUCAUUUUUCAGGUACUAGCCGUCUAGCUUCACAACGGGUGAUGACCAGGUCGCUGCAGUCCUCCGACACAACCAUGUCCCAAUUACCAGCCUCGGCGCUUUGAGCGGCCGGUCACAGGCCCCGUAAACUUGAUUUUGUCUUCACCGAAACGACAUUCCCGCUCUCCGGGCUUACGGCUGAAAAUACCUGCGAAUGUCACAAUAUUCUGUCAAAGCCACGUGCGAAGAGAUCUUCUAUUCGAGUACUUGGACAUUGCAGGACGCGCUAGAGCGGCUUGAAACUCUACGCAAAGUAUCAGUCCCGAACUGGGCCGGGCACAACGACCAGUACGCCAAAUCACUCCACAGGCGCUUAACGCCCUCACACUGCGUCUGUCAUAAACAAUGUCUUGGUUCUUGCCCGAGUGGCCUGGAAUAAAUAGGUUCUUAUUUCCUCCGGUAUAGCGUUCGCGAUUUUACCCUUAAUUUGUGACUGGCAUCGCUUCUUUUUUUUUUUUUUUUUUUUCUGUUAAAGUGUACUUUGUUCUAGUCUCUGUUGCAGACAUUCUCUCUUUUACCUGCUGGCAGGUUUACCUUCAUUUACACGGACAUUUCUUUCCUUCGUUCAUUACCCUGAUCAUUCUUGAACACCUUGACAUUAGUCAACCAAGUGGUGACUCUCCUCUUCCUUCAUUAUGCUUGCCUCUCUUGGUUCUAUGCUCGCGCUAGCAGCGAUUGCUAGAGCCAGUCCAUUGCUUCCCAGAGCAGUCGAUUCGCUCAACGAAGAGGCUACGGCGGAAGCCCAACAGCGGGACGACAGUGCUACCCGUGCCUCUUCCAAUGUCCAAAUCAAGACAUCGGACGGGAGAUGUCUUUCCGUUGACCAACUGUCCGGCGACUUCCGGGCAAACUUGACCCCUAUUCAGGUUGCCGACUGUGGUUCUACCGAUGGUCAGGGGUGGGAUGUUAUCACGAGCGGCAAGCAUAUCUCCGGGGACGGUGGUAUGCUCGUGGUGAGCACGUUGACACAAGCCUGCUUCAGCUACGAUCCCCGUCGGGCGGCUGGAAACCAAGUCAUUCUCUUUUCAUGCGGUGGCCGAGCUGAUGGUGGUGGCGAGGUCACUGACUCCCAGAUAUUUGCCUUUGACGGCUCACCUGGACCUCUUUUCUUCCAGCCUCAAAAUGCAAAGGACACAUGCUUCACGGUCUCGGGUGACACUAUUGACGUUGCACCAUGCAACCCGGGCGACUCUAGCCAGUCGUUCGCCUUUGGAGACGGCGCCGGUAGUGGAAACAACAAUGGAGGAGGUAACGCUGACACGGGAGGGGACACCAACACUAGGGGAAAUACCGACGCACAAGAGAGCACCACUUCACAACAGCCGACAACCUUCGCCACUCAAGUCACCACGACAGCUGAUGCUACGGCCACGGCGUCCGUCACUUCGUUCCCGAACGGCGGGUCGGGUUCAGGUCCAGGAAGCAGUUCCGGAAACGGCGGCAUUCCCACCUUCAACCCGACCGAAGCUGUACCGGUUUCGCGGGCAGGUGGUACUUUACAGUCCACAGCAGUUGCAGAGUCUCACCAGCGAGAUGAUACGGCCACCCGCACUUUCAGCAAUGUCUCGAUCCGGGCCCCCGACGGACGGUGUCUCUUUGUUGAUCCGACAGCUGGCGACUUUCGCGAGAACUUGAUCCCCAUUCAACUGGUGGAGUGUACUGGAUCCCCCAACGAGAAAUGGGACGUUCUUACCUCGGGAAAGCAUAACCAACAGGACAAAAAUGGGACACCGGCUGCUUUGAUAGUCAGCACUUUGACUCAGGGCUGUCUCAACUUUGACGGCCGCCGAGCGGCUGGUGAUACAGUCAUGCUUUUCUCCUGUGGUGGACGUGCCGCUGGUGAGGGCGAAACCAGCACCGGACAACAAUUCCCGUUCAACGGAGCAACCAGCUUUGCUCUUGCACCGGCCAGUGAGAAGGGCUCAAUUUGCCUGAUUGCUGGCGAUGAGAGGGUGGACUCAGGAGCAUGCCCCGACGAUGGAAGCCAACUGUUUUCCAUCUUUUAGAACUUGAAGGGAGGCUUUCAAGUUGGUUCAUGAUGAUCCUUGAAACCAACAGCUUCUGGGGAGAAGAGAUCAGGGGUUGUGUCCAUCGGUGACCUGCAAAGCCAGUACUGUCGCUUGCUGGAUUGUACCACUACUUUUUGUUACAUGUCUCUGAGAAUUUCCAACAGGAAUGAGUUUUGACGUUUGUUGAAGAGCAACUGCUUGGCAUUUUAUGGUUCAGAGGUUGAGCAGACACGAAACUUUGGGAAAAGUGAUGUUCAGCCUAGUGAUCAUUACCAAAUCUCCACAUGCAAACAUUGCCCUUAAA